ACCGUCCAGCUGAAGGACAUCGUGUGCUACCUGUCCCUGCUGGAAGGAGGAAGGCCAGAGGACAAACUGGAAUUCAUGUUCCGCCUCUACGAUACCGACGGCAACGGAUCCCUGGACAGCUCGGAGCUGGAGCACAUCAUAUCACAGAUGAUGCACGUGGCUGAAUACCUGGAGUGGGACGUGACCGAGCUCAAACCAAUCCUCCAGGAGAUGAUGCAGGAGAUCGACUACGACCGCGACGGGACGGUGUCUCUGGAGGAGUGGAUCCAGGGAGGAAUGACCACCAUCCCCCUGCUGGUGCUGCUGGGCCUCGAGACGAACGUGAAAGACGACGGGCAGCACGUGUGGAGGCUCAAGCACUUCAACAAACCGGCCUAUUGUAACCUGUGUUUGAACAUGCUGAUCGGGCUGGGCAAACAGGGCCUGUGCUGCUCAUUCUGUAAAUACACCGUGCACGAGCGCUGUGUUUCGCGGGCGCCUCCGUCAUGCAUCAAGACCUACGUCAAGUCCAAGAAGAACACGGAGGUCAUGCACCAUUUCUGGGUGGAAGGGAACUGCCCCACCAAGUGCGACAAGUGUCACAAAACCAUUAAGUGUUACCAGGGCCUGACCGGGCUGCACUGCGUGUGGUGUCAAAUCACGCUUCAUAACAAGUGCGCGUCCCACGUGCGUCCCGAGUGCGACUGCGGCCCGCUGAAGGACCACAUCCUGCCCCCCAGCUCCAUCUGCCCCGUGGUUCUGACUGUUCCAGUCCUGACUCUGGGCACCAGCAGGAGGCCGGUCCCUGAGGAAAGGCAGUCGACAUUGAGGAAGGACUCUCGCACCAGUCAGUCGGGCAGAGGGAAGAUGCAGAGGGCCAACUCUGUGACCGUGGACGGACAGGGCCUCCAGAUCACAACAAUAGAGGGCACUCAUCCUCUGCUCGUGUUCGUCAACCCCAAGAGCGGGGGCAAGCAGGGGGAGCGGAUUUACCGGAAGUUUCAGUAUCUGCUGAACCCAAGACAAGUGUACAACCUGGCCAAGAACGGACCUAUGCCUGGGUUGAACUUUUUCCGAGAUGUCCCUGAUUUCCGAGUGCUUGCCUGCGGGGGGGACGGCACCGUUGGCUGGAUCCUGGACUUCAUUGAUAAGGCCAACCUGGAGCGGAACCCCCCCGUGUGCAUACUUCCCCUUGGCACGGGCAAUGACCUGGCACGCUGUCUGCGCUGGGGAGGAGGAUACGAGGGGGAGUCUCUGCUGAAGAUCUUGCGUGAUGUGGAGAACAGCUCGGAGGUUCUGUUGGACCGCUGGAGGAUUGACGUCACCCCCACAGACAAAGAGGAGCAAGGAGACCCCGCCCCCUACAGCAUCAUCAACAACUACUUCUCCAUCGGAGUGGAUGCUUCCAUUGCACAUCGUUUCCAUGUGAUGAGAGAGAAACACCCCGAGAAGUUCAACAGCCGAGUUAAAAACAAGCUCUGGUACUUUGAGUUUGGCACCUCCGAGACCUUCUCCGCCACCUGUAAGAAGCUCCAUGACUUUCUGGAGGUGGAGUGUGACGGAGUGACUCUGGACCUGAGCGCCAUCUCCCUGGAGGGCAUCGCCGUCCUGAACAUUCCCAGCAUGCACGGCGGCUCUAACCUGUGGGGCGAGAGCAAGAAGAGGAGGGGCCACCGCAAAGGGGCCAAGAAGAGCCAGGACAAGAGGGCCCCCGUGCUGGACCCCAAGGAGCUCAUGUUCGCUGUGCAAGAUGUGUCGGACGGGCUGCUGGAGGUGGUGGGUCUGGAGGGGGCCAUGGAGAUGGGUCAGAUCUACACUGGUCUGAAGAGCGCAGGGAGACGCUUGGCCCAAUGCUCCUCUGUCACCAUCAGAACCAGUAAGUCCCUGCCCAUGCAGAUUGAUGGAGAGCCCUGGAUGCAGACUCCCUGCACUAUCGAGAUCGUGCACAAGAACCAGGCCCCGAUGCUGAUGGGCCCCCCCCACAGCCGCAGCUUCUUCUCCUCCAUCCUGCGCCGCACACGCAGCGAGAGCAAAGACUGA